GGUUAGAAUAGACUUGUGUUUCAGUUUCCCACGUGCUAACAAAUUCUAAUCAAGUGAAAAAUACAACGCAAAAAUGGUGAAAUCACUUAAAAUUUCUGUGAAAACCAAACUCUCAUCAAAAAAAAAAUAUGUACACCAGAAAGGUACACGCCGAUACGAAAUACAGAAAGCUCGUAACAUACCAUUACCGAAAACCAAAGGACUUACACGUGUUUCCACCGAUGCUUUGGAAGAAGCAUAUCGCACACAAAUUGAAACUGAAGCGAAAAGCAGAGAAAAAGUUUGCCAUUUGCUGCCUAUUAAAGUCAAGGGAAAAGGGGUGGUCAAUCGAUCCACUCAGAGACAUCCAUCCAAUGUUCAACAUGAACCUGGCGAUACUUCGAGCGAAUUGAACUUCAAAACGAAUGGCGUAGAAACAGAAAUAGAAGUAGACUCUCUAUCUGUUGCGGAAAUAAUAUUGAAACGAAACCAUGAUAUCCAGGAAAAGCAGCUGCUAAUCGGUUCUCAAUGUGCUGCCAUCUUAGAGAAUCCAGAUGCUAGAAUUGAUAAUAUCGCAGUUUUGUUAGAUUGCCUACGAGUAACGAACAAAGAUGGGUCAAAAAAUUUCCUAUCCAUUCGGAAAAUAGCUAUGAUAUCACUUGUGGAAAUUUUUAGAGACAUUGUGCCAGAAUAUCGUGUUGGUAUAGUAGAUAAAGUACAACAGAAACUAAAGAAAGAUACCGUUGCUCGUGUCAACUAUGAGAACAAACUUUUGGUGUUUUAUAAACAGUACCUGCAGCAGUUAGAAACUAUAAUCGAAAUAUACCAUCGCACCAAGCGACAAUCGAAGAAUAUGUCAGCUGAUACCUUGCAGCUAUUGGACACCUCUGUAAACUGUUUGUGUGAUUUGGUAUUGGCUCAUCCAUACUUCAACUACACACAAAACAUAGUUCAGGUGCUGGUUCCUAUUUUAAACGAUGUCAAGGAAAAUUUGCGUAAAACAGUUCACGCUUGUUUUAGUACAUUGUUUAAAACAGAUGCGCGGUUAGAUCUAACACAUCAUGUUGUACGCCAUAUCAAUUUGCUGAUCAACAAAAAGGAAAGGAAUAUUUUUCCUGAAACGAUAUCCUGUUUAAAAUAUCUACAAAUAAAUCAAAUUAACCUUCAUGAUGAUACGUUGUUGGAGUUAAAGAAACAUAAACUGGAAAAACAGAAAUCACGUGUAAUCAACAUGUCGCGAAAGGAGCGUAAGCGCAAAAAGAAAUUACAGGAAUUGGAGAAGGAUAUCUUCGAAACUAAGGCUGAAGAAAGCAAACAAGUUGUUCGACGAAAGUUAACCGACAUUUCAAAGCUGACGUUUAUGAUUUUCUUCAAAAUUCUUAAAUGUUAUCCCGACUCACGUGUUUUGAGUGUGACUCUUGAAGGACUCUCAAAAUUUGCUCAUACCAUCAGCAUCGAUUUUUUCUCAGAUCUGAUUGAACUAUUAAAUAGUCUACUGGAAAACGCCGGAUUAGGGUAUCGCGAACAAUUGCACUGCAUCCAGACAGUGUUUGUCAUUCUUACCGGAAGAGGUGAAGUGCUAAACGUUGACCCUGCGAGAUUCUAUUCGCAUUUCUACAAAAAUUUGCUGUAUGUAAAUGCAGGUAAAAACCAUCAAGACAUGGAAACCAUCCUAAAUACUCUGAACUUAAUACUUUUCAAACGACGUUGUAAUGUAACAUAUCAACGAAACGUAAGCUACAUAAAACGGUUGGCAACACUUUGUUUACAAGUACUUCCAAACGGAUGCCUUGGUUUGCUGGCGUUGAUUCGCAGCAGCUUAAAAAUGAACCAACAGCUCGACAUACUUGUUGACACAGAUGCGUCAUAUGGGUCAGGUAUGUUUGAUCCUUUCACUGAUGAACCUCAGAUUGCCAAUACCAAUUGCACAUCGUUGUAUGAAACCACAUGCUUGGCACGCCACUAUCAUCAAAUGGUACGGAAAGUAACAGUUACUGUACUGAAAGGAGCUGACACGGUUCUCACCGGUGGAGGAAUGUUAACGCCCAGUGAGUUUUAUACAAACUACGAUUGCUCUAAAAUGGUGUUUAAUCCAGAGAUUACAUCGCCGUUCAAAAUAAAGAAUUUCAAACAAGCUCGCAGUCAGCUAGGACUAGCAUUAAUUGAAAAAGAAUUGCUCGGUAACCAUUGCAAGCUCAAUUUUCCAUCACAACACUCCACUGCCCAAGCUGGCGAUAAUUUGCAAUUUGACUACUUUGAAGAUUAUGGUAACGAUGCACAGUUUCGAAAUCAAUAAAUUCUUGGAGUUAUACGAGUGCGUGUAAGGUAGUUUUUUGUUCAAAUUAUUGUACACAUAUAACAUACAUAAAAGCCGUUUAAUAACGUUGGCACUGAAAAUGUGAUGUGAAAAGCAUUAGUAUCUACCAAAACUGGUGCUAGUGUUACAUGCUCAUUGUAUUAAAACUU